CUUCGUGUCAUUUAAUGAAUGUUUGGCAGAUGAGGUUAGAUUUUGUGUUUGAAUAAAGUAGAAGUAAAUUUGCACUGUAAUCAUUUGUGAUCAUGGCAUCUGAAAGAUACAGUUUUUCUUUAACAACAUUCAGCCCUUCAGGGAAAUUAGUUCAAAUUGAAUAUGCUUUAGCCGCUGUUGCUGCCGGUGCACCUUCCGUUGGAAUUAAAGCUUCAAAUGGCGUUGUUUUGGCUACAGAAAAUAAACAUAAAUCGAUUUUAUACGAUGAGCACAGUGUUCAUAAGGUAGAAAUGGUCACCAAUCAUAUUGGUAUGGUCUAUUCUGGAAUGGGUCCUGAUUAUCGAUUAUUGGUCAAACAAGCAAGAAAAAUGGCUCAAACAUAUUUAUUAACGUACCAUGAACCGAUUCCAACUGCUCAAUUGGUACAACGUGUUGCAAUGGUUAUGCAAGAGUAUACACAAUCUGGAGGUGUACGGCCAUUUGGUGUUUCAUUAUUGAUUUGUGGUUGGGAUGAUGGAAAACCAUAUUUAUUCCAAUGUGAUCCUUCGGGAGCAUAUUUUGCAUGGAAAGCAACAGCUAUGGGGAAAAAUCAUAUUAAUGGAAAAACUUUCUUGGAGAAACGAUUCAGUGAAGAUUUGGAAUUAGAUGACGCUGUUCAUACAGCUAUUUUGACUUUAAAAGAAGGAUUCGAAGGACAAAUGACCGCUGAUAAUAUUGAAGUUGGCAUAUGUGAUGAAAAUGGUUUUAGACGAUUAGAACCAUCUCACGUUAAAGAUUAUCUUGCAAAUAUUCCUUAGAAAAGUUUUUUUUUUAACAUCAACAAUUUUACUUGUAUCA